UUAUGCUAGCAAGAUAUCCAUUGAUUCAGCCUUGUCGAAAGACAUUGAGUUUAUUUAGAUCCUGUUUCUAUUCAUCAAGUGCUAUUGAGCAAAAACGAAAACAAAGUUUAUUAGGCGGUGGAAAAGCAAAACAAGAAGCCCAGCAUAAUAAAGGAAAACUCACAGCACGAGAACGCUUGCAUCUCUUACUUGACAAAGGAUCAUUCAGAGAAUACGAUGGAUGGGUAGAACAUGGAUGCACUGAUUUCAAUGUCCCUCAUUUUCCAGGUGAUGGUGUCAUUACAGGACAUGGUACGAUUCAUGGUCGACGUGUGUUUGUCUAUAGCCAAGAUUUCACUGUGCUUGGUGGCAGUCUGAGUCGUACGAAUGCCAACAAGAUCUUGAAAGUGAUGGAUCAGGCCAUGUUAGUAGGUGCACCUAUCAUUGGCUUACAAGACUCAGGUGGUGCACGUAUUCAAGAAGGUGUGGAUUCAUUAGCAGGGUAUGCAGAUAUCUUUCAAAAGAACGUGUUGGCCUCAGGCGUUGUACCUCAGUUGUCAUUGAUCAUGGGUCCGUGCGCAGGAGGGGCUGUCUAUUCUCCUGCCUUGACGGAUUUCACCUUCAUGGUCCAAGAUACUUCAUCCAUGUUCGUCACUGGUCCUGAUGUCGUCAAGGCAGUCACAGGCGAACAUGUCUCUCAAGAAGCAUUGGGUGGUGCUCAUACACAUACAAUCAAGACAGGCGUAGCCCACCAUGCUUUUUCCAAUGAUAUUGAAGCCCUAGAAGGCAUGCGACAUAUCUUGUCUUAUUUACCUUCUUCCAAUCGACAAGAAGCACCUCGUCAAGUCUGUCAAGAUGCUGUGGAUCGUCAAGACGCAGCCCUUGAUAUGAUUGUGCCCUUGGACAGCAGUAAAGCCUACGACAUGAAAGAAGUCAUCCAUCGUAUUGUGGACCUGCAUUCGUUUCAUGAGCUCUCGUCUCGGUUUGCGAGUAAUAUGGUGAUUGGAUUUGCAAGGCUGAAUGGUGCUUCUGUGGGUAUUGUUGCCAACCAACCCCUUGUGUCUUCAGGUGCAUUGGACAUGGAUGCCUCUGUCAAGGCAGCACGGUUUAUUCGGUUCUGUGAUGCGUUUGGUAUUCCUCUUGUGAGCUUGGUGGAUGUACCUGGAUUUAUGCCUGGUACAACACAAGAGCAUGCGGGUAUUAUUCGCCAUGGUGCCAAAUUACUUUAUGCUUAUUGUGAAGCCACCGUGCCUAAAUUGACUGUGAUCACUCGCAAAGCGUAUGGUGGUGCGUAUAUUGUGAUGAGUUCAAAGCAUUUAAGAGGGGAUUACAAUGUUGCUUGGCCUUCUGCUGAGAUUGCAGUGAUGGGUGCUUCAGGGGCAGUGGAGAUUAUUUUUAGAAAUCAUGCCGACAAGCCAUCCAUGCGUCAACAAUAUAAAGACAAGUUUGCUACCCCACUUUUUGCAGCCAAAAAAGGCUAUUUAGAUGACAUUAUUACGCCAAGUCAAACACGUACUCGCCUGAUUGAACAAUUAGAAUUAUUGAAGCAUAAGAAAUUAACCAAUCCUUGGAAGAAGCAUGGCAGUAUACCACUCUAAGUUCUGUCAAUCAGAUAGAUAAUGCAACAAUGAAAUGUGUGGGAAUUACUAGGAUAAAAAAGGCUAAAAGAUAAAAAAAAAAAAAAAA